UUAUAAAUUAAACCAACUGAAGAUAUACCAGAUGCACUAGAGCCCAACAAGAAGCCGCUGAGAUUAGACUUAAUAUUCUAGAAGAGUCAAAUAUUGUUUUAAAAAUACUGAAACAGUAAACGGGAUGAUAUAGAUGAACAGAAAGGAUCGACGUUUUUGGAAGUAAUUGCACUUGUUAAGUUGUUUUUAUAUGUAAGUAAACUUUGAAGAUAAAUACAUCAGAAUGCCACCAAAACCUGCCGCCGCUAAGACGACACCGACCAAGCCGGCAACAAAGGCGCCGACGAAAGCCGCCACCGACAACAAAACGCCGGCUAAAGGCGUAAACGCCACCGCCCCUUCGAAGACCGGGGCCACUACAAAGGCACCUUCGAGUGGGGCUACAAAAGCUGGUACUGCGGCGAAAGCAGCGGCCCCCAUCAAAAAGGUUUUAGUGCCGGAAGAGAUACAGCUCAAGGAAAUUGCUGGCGUCAUGAACUAUGGCGGCGCCGUCGGGGAGAAGCUCAAGCAGUCAGGACGAUGGAUGCUCAUCAUUGACCGCAACGGAAACUGCGGGACGUUCCUAAAGUACCGUGACGUCAACAUGAUCCAGGUGACGUCACAAGCCCAGUUCGCCACGGAGCCUAUGCGGAAAGCGCUUAUGGGCAGUCUAAAGUUCGGCAAGCCAGCUGUGUUGGACAUCUCAGACUCCGACCAGGAGAAGAUUAUGGAUGUGGCGAGCGAAAAAUACAACGAGAUCUACCCCGAGUGCUGGACUGACCUGAUGGAUCACUCAAUCAUGAAGGACGAUAACAAGUGGGGUAAACUGUACCAGGAAAACGAUCCGGAUGAUUACGAUAACAAGUACGAUUACCAUGCAGACCAGUUCCAGUUCAUCGUGCUCACCAACCUUGACCCUGCAUCCACAGCCAUGGAGAACUUCUUUCCUGUUAUUGUCAACUAGUGACCAUGUUCAACUGCCAUGAAAACCUCUUAAAAAGCACAUAUGGUUGCUCAUACUUCAUUAAUCAAUGUUCUAUUUGUGCAUUCAUGUUUUUAGGGCCCCCACCACUAUAGUGGGGGACAUAUUGUUUUUGCCAUGUCUGUUGCUUGGUUUGUACAUUUGUUUGUGCAAACUUUAACAUUUGCAAUAACUUUUGCAAUAUUGAAGAUAGCAACUUCAUAUUUGGCAUGCAUGUUUAUCUCACAAACACAUCGCUUGUUUACUGUAAGUAUUUGUUAAGUUUGCGCUAUGAUGGAUCUGUUUACAUUUUGCUAGCAUAUCAUUAAAAUAUGAACUUAACAAAUUAAUUAAUAUGUCUGAAAAUAAUAUUUCUAAAUAUGUUACUCAAGAACCAUUUUACUAUUGUUUUCAUUUUAUAUUAUUUUUACAUUUAUAUUAAUUAAUAACAUAUGUUGCAUACAAUUGUUAACAAAUAAAUACAGAUUAUCUGUU